AUGCCCAAACCAAAUAAGUACAACAUCAAAGCAAUCCGCAACGAGCUUGUGAAUUGCAUCCGUUACAAGUCAUGGAAUAAAUUUCGAACUGUUUUCGAACCCCUCGAGUUGGACCUUCAAACUGCCGUGGCUAAGGAACAGACUGGAAAGAACCGUCAGUCUUCUUCACCUCCUUUGCUCUGCGUUCUACUAGAAGGCAUCAAAAGAUCAUCAUCGGUGCCGCAAAUUGAUUUGUUUGAGGUCAUUCUAAAGGCAUGUCCAAUUUCUUCGAAGAACCGCACACUUCAGUUCUAUGGAAAUACCAAUCCUCUUUCCAUUGCAAUCGAUCGGCAUGCGCCGAUUGGCAUCGUUGAACUUAUUCUGAAGCAUGACGAAAGGAAUGAAUUAUUGUAUCCAACGAAAAAACAGGCGCGAGAACCGCCGAUUCUCAAGCUGGCUCGUUGUCAGUCUCAAGACAGUCAAGCUUCCAACAGGGAAGAGCUCUUGCGGCUCUUGGUUGCAAAUGAUGUUACCAAACAAUCAUUGUUGAUACCUAGCGCCAGCAAGAAAAAAGUGGCUCUGUACUAUGCAUCAAGCGAUUGCAUAUCCUCUCUUCCACUCCGGGUAUCAAGCGAUGGGAAUAAUCGGGACAUUCGUGUGGAAGAGAUUGUGGGGUUUAUGUUAUUGGAAACGCAGCAAGCGGUAGAUAUUCAGCAGGGAAGACGAAAACCAGUGGCGGACCAGCCAAUAGGGAGUGUAGAUCGUAAUAAUGACGACAACAAUGUGGGAUUCUUUUCUAAUUCGGUGAAUUUAUUAUCGUCCGGUUCGUCAAAUAAGUCAACACAAGAGACGGAUGAUGACGAAAGCACACAUGACCAAUCAAGCAAUAUCCGAGCAAUGGAACUCUUGCGGGCUAUGGUGACAUGCGCCCACUUGUUGGGAUCACGAAAGACAAUUGAUCUCAUGCAGCACUUGGUAUACCGAACACAUGAUUUGACCAGAGUUGAUGAUCAAGGUGAUUCCUUACUCCAUUACAUCUGCCGUGCCACGGAAACGCUGGCAUUCUUGAACCAGUGCCUUGCCGAUGAUGAACGGCCAUCAAAGCGAGAUCUGGUGCAACAUUUGAUUGCAGAAUGUCCGAAUAUUCUCGUCCAAAGGAACGAUAACGGCGACAUUCCGCUGCACGUUGCCAUUCGGUUCGGCAAACCGUGGGAACUCUUGUGUCAUUUGUGCCCUCCAACCUACUAUGCGGCAACUAUAUUGGGUACUCCAACCAAACAAAACCAACUACCGCUGCACCUUGCCAUUGAAUACCCUCUAAGCAAACUUUGCAUAGAUGGCUUAUGGAGAUUAUUUCCCGAGGCGGCCACCAUAAUGGACGGAAAGCAUCACCUAUUUCCGUUUCAGCUUAUUGCUGCAUUUGGUUCUAAUAACGGAACGGCAAAGUUUGGUGGUGGAUCCAGAAGGCAACCAAUCGUUCAGCAAUUGGCAUGUAUCAACGAUGGUGCGUCCAUGAAUAACGAACCAGAAGAUGUUUCGUUUUUCGAGUUGCAACUAUCCUACAAUCUCUUGCGGUCCGCGCCCGAAGUACUUCAGCAUUUCAAAUAG